AUUCAAGGGGGAUCCCGCCCUUGCAGUCUGGUGUCACGUCAAGGCAGCUGAAAACUCAGCUUCAGCGUUGCUCUACUGUCUUGGUCGAUGCCUUUUUCGACGCUUGGGUUUGAAAAACUCAAGUGUGAAGUGGACCUGAACUUCACGGCCAGGAUGAUUAGGGGCAGCCUCUCCUGUUCUAACACAUCAUGCUUCCUCCGAAGCGGAGAACAGGGAAGAAGAGUCGAACACUCACUCACCACAGGGGUAGGUGUAAUCUCUGUGGGUGGUUGCACCUGGGAGGUGGCAAGUAAAAGCACAGAGAGAUACCGUGCAUCUCGAAAGACUGCACUUGCUGACUUGAUUUCGUUUUCUGGCGACCUUGUCUUGACACAGCAACAGGAUACUGCAGAAGCGACUUCGCGGCCGCAGGAUUUCGAUGACAGAUUCAUCGGUCCCGCCCAGCUGCUGAAGCGUCCUUUCGAGGUGGAGAUGCGUAAUUGUCGAGAAAAGUUGGUGUCAUUGUUGGGACGCCGAUCCGAGCUUGUUGGCGGUACAGAUGGUCCGUUGCCGCAUUCUUCGUUUCCUAUAACCGUGGCGGCGACUGGGUCGACGGGCAAGGUGACCUGGGCAAGAGAGAUUAGACACUUGUUUUCGAAAGGUUGGGGUUCCGAAACAUAUGUAUAUUUGGCUAGUUGUGUCCUCAGAUUAGAUCAAGUAAUUUAUGCCUUCAUCGACAUUGGAGCGUGGAUGACCCCAGAGCGUGAGCUCGGUUUCACUCCAGGCUGAGUUCUGGUCUCUGGCUUUUUUCUCAUAUGCUCUUGCAGGUCAUCAUGGACGGUGGUCUAUUUGUAGAUACCUUGGGGUUGUGCGGGAGAAGUGUACCUUUGCGAGAAUGCGUUUCCUUCGAGUGCCGUGUGCGAGAGUAGGACAGUCGGGUAUCGGAUGUGAAGGUUGGAAAUCCGGAGGAACUGCAAAGUCAUUGCCAGUUGAUUUGUGAUGGGGAUU